AUGGCUUUGCAAUACCCUUUGUUGUUUCCUUACGGAGAAACUGGGUAUCAUAAUCAGAUACCAUAUCAUAGGAACAUUGGAAGGCGAAAAACAAAACCGGAAACAGUAACAAUGAGAGAAUUUUAUUGUUACAGAAUUCAUUAUAGAAAUAAUGAAGGAACUACCUUAUUGAGAGGAGGUCGAUUAUAUCAACAGUACUUGGUUGAUUCAUAUACUGCAGUUGAAGAAGAACGAUUGAGAUAUACCCGGAAUCAUCAAGCUGAAUUACGUGCAGACCUUUAUAACAAUGUAUGUGAUGCUGUGACCAAAGGAGAUACGCGAGCUGAUGCAGUUGGCAGGAGGAUAGUUUUGCCUGCAAGCUUUAUAGGCAGCCCAAGGUAUAUGGUUCAAAAUUACCAAGAUGUUAUGGCCCUUUGCCGUGCUUUUGGAAAUCCAGAUUUAUUUAUAACAUUCACAGCAAACCCUAAAUGGCCAGAAAUAGAUAAAAUGGUAUCGUUAAUCAGUGGCCAGAAAUCACAUGAUCGUUCAGAGUCAGUCACCCGUAUUUUUAAAAUGAAAAUAGAUCUCUUAAUGGAAGAUAUUAUGCAGAAGAAGACAUUUGGUGAGUGCAAAGCAGGGAUAUACACCAUUGAAUUUCAAAAGCGUGGGCUUCCUCAUGCACACUUCCUAAUUUGGCUUGGUCCUGAAACAAAAUGUAACACACCAGAGGAAAUAAUUGAUAUCAUAGCUGCAGAAAUACCUUUGGAAAGUGAAGACCCAGAUUUAUAUGAGGCUGUUUCAGAAUUUAUGUUACACGGUCCUUGCGGGGCUGAUUCACCAAAUGCUUCAUGCACAGAAGAUGGAAAAUGCAAAAAACACUUCCCAAGGCCAUUUUAUCAGGAGACUACUAUUAACGCAGAUGGUUACCCAGUUUAUCAACAAAGGAAUAAUAGAGUAUUUGUGCAGAAAGGUAACGCAAAACUCCACAAUGGUUUUGUUAUACCAUACAAUCGGUAUCUAUUACUUAAAUACAAAGCACACAUUAAUGUUGAAUGGUGCAAUCGAUCUCGCGCAAUAAAGUAUCUGUUCAAGUACCUUAACAAAGGUCCUGAUAGAGCAACAAUAGUCAUCCAUGAAAAUGUUGCAACUGAUGACCAAUCCUCUGCAGAAAAUAUUCUUAUCAUUGAUGAGAUCAAGAACUAUUUGGACUGCCGAUAUUUAUCACCAUGUGAAGCAGUUUGCCGAAUGCUUGCAUUCCCCAUUCACUAUUCUUACCCAUCAGUCAUCAGGCUCACAUUCCAUCUACCUGUACAACAUAUGAUUACCCUUCGUGAUUCAGAGAAUCUACGGAAAAAGAUAAACGAAGAAGGAAUUGAAAAAACCAUGUUCACAGAAUGGUUUGUACUAAAUAAGGAAGAUCCAAGAGCACGUGAGUAUACAUAUGCUGAAAUACCGUCUAAGUAUGUGUGGCAGAAAAAGUUUAAUGUUUGGACAUGGCGAGAGAGCAGGAAAGGUUGUAUCGGUCGCAUUGUUUAUUGUAACCCGACUGCAGGUCCACGAUAUUAUUUGAGGAUUUUGUUGAGUGUUUUCAGGAGACCACAAUCUUAUAAAGACAUCAAAACUGUUAAUGGUCGGGAGUAUGCUACAUACAAAGAAGCUUGCAUUGCAUACGGACUUUUAAAUGAUGACAAAGAAUGGACGGAUGCUAUAAAUGAGGCAAAGCUCUGGGCAACGGGUUCACAGCUUCGAGACCUGUUCAUCACAAUUUUAAUGUUUUGUGAUGUUCGCAGCCCGCUUGAAAUAUGGAAUGAAAAUUGGGAAACUUUAUCAGAAGAUAUUUUGUACAGAAAGAGACGACAAUUCAAGUUUCCCAAUUUACAUCUUUCUAAUGAACAAAUCAAGAAUUAUUGUUUGGUUGAAAUACAUGAAAUUUUGCAAAGAAAUGGCAAAUCAUUGGAUGAUUUCAGCGAUAUUCCAAAACCUGAUGAAACCUUACUCACAGCUAUGGAUAAUCGGUUGAUACGUGAAGAACUCAAUUAUAACCAGUCACAAGAAGCUCUGGAACAUGAACAGCUUUUCCAUAAGCUUAAUCCUGAUCAAAUGACAAUCUAUGAGAAUGUCAUCGCAUCAGUGCUUAAAGAAAGAGGCGGUUUCUAUUUUGUUUAUGGUCCAGGAGACACAGGGAAAACAUUCCUAUAUAAAACUAUACUCUCACGGUUGCGCUCAGAGGGAACAAUUGCACUUGCAGUUGCAUAUUCAGGGGAACUUGAUAGGAGAAAACAGCAAUUCAAUAAAUGGGUACUUGAUAUUGGAGACGGUGUUGUGGAGGCAAAAACAAAAGAAGGAGAAGACGAACCUACUUGGGUCAACAUUCUAGAGAGAUUUCUUGUGCCAUGCUCUGCAUCUCCAAUUGAAGAUAUCAUCAACGCUACAUUUCCUAACUUUGAUGAAAUGAAAGAUAAUGAGCAGUACCUUAAAGAAAGAGCGAUAUUAACUCCAAAAAAUUCUGAUGCAGAUGAGAUCAAUAAACAUAUGUUUGACAAACUAAACAGGCCCGCUCGAACUUACAAAAGUUUAGAUGAAGUAUGUCGGGCUUCAACAGAAACAUUGGAACAAGAAGAAAUGUAUCCAAUCGAGUUCUUAAACUCAUUAAAUUUCCCAGGGAUGCCCCCCCCAUGA